AUCAGAAAAAAUUACAAUCGCUCUCUCCUUUUCAUAGUUGUAAAUCUUUUGUAAAGACUAUUUUCUUCGAGCACUGUUCCGACCUUCAAAUAAAUAAACCAGUCAGUUCUUAAGAGUUACUUGUGUUGGUGACGACCGUCCUUACUAAGACAUACAUGCUUCAAAGUUACAUAUCAACUAUGGAUAUUAGGAGGUCAGGAAACUACAAACCUAGCAUUUGGGAGGAUGGAUAUGUCCAAUCGCGACCUAAUUUGUACGCUGAAGAAAAAUUUUGUGAACGAGCUGAAAAACUAAAAGAAGAAGUAAGAAGGAUGUUGGAUAAAAUAAUGACAAACUCAUUGGAACAACUUGAGCUUAUUGAUAUUUUGCAAAGACUUGGAAUAUAUUAUCACUUUGCGGAAGAAAUUGAUACAGCAUUGAAGCAAACAUACGUUAAUUAUAAUUAUAAUAAAAGAGAUCUGAACAAUGAGGAGGUGUAUGCUGUUGCUUUAGAAUUUCGACUUCUUAGACAACAGGGCUAUCAUGUUCCUCAAGAGAUAUUUUGCAGUUUCAUGAACAAGGAAGGAAAGUUCAAAACAGCCCUUGUGGAGGAUACUAAAGGACUGUUGAGUUUGUAUGAAGCUUCCUAUCUUUGUAUGGAAGAUGAAAAUAUUAUGGAGAAUGCUCGAGAUUUCGCCACUCAUUAUCUCAUGGAAAGCCUUAAGAAGAAGAAGAUGGAUGAGAAUGUUGGUGAACAAGUAAGCCAUGCUUUAGAAAUGCCUGUGCAUUGGAGGAUGGAGAGAUUAGAAGCAAGAUGGUUUAUAGAAAUUUAUCACAAAACAGAGAACAUGAAUCCUCUUCUACUUGAACUUGCAAAGUUGGACUAUAACAUGGUGCAAGCUACAUACUUGGAGGAACUAAAACAAAUGUCAAGGUGGGAUAAGAACAUUAAACUUGUUAAAAAGAUGAGCUUUGUGAGGGACAGAUUGGUGGAGGGCUUCUUCUGGGCUGUUGGUUUCACUCCUAAUCCUCAGUUCGGAUUCUGCAGAAAGCUUUCAACAAAGCUUGCUGUUCUCAUCACAACAAUUGAUGACAUCUAUGAUGUUUAUGGUACCUUGGAUGAACUUGAGCUCUUUACUGAUAUUGUUGACAGAUGGGACAUCAAUGCAACAGAGCAACUACCUGAAUACAUGAAAAUCAGCUUCCUAGCUCUUUUCAAUUCAAUGAAUGAACUGGCUUAUGAUAUUCUCAAAGAACAAGGGUUCAGCAUAAUUUCACAGAUAAGGAAGCAGUGGGCUAACCUGUGUAAAGCUUACUUAUUGGAAGUGAAGUGGUAUCAAAGAGGAUAUACACCUACCUUGAAUGAGUUCCUGAGAAAUGCCUGGAUAUCCAACACCGGUCCUGUACUAAUAAUGCAUGCUUAUUUUUGCAUCACAAACCCCAUAAAGGAGGACGAAUUGGAAUGCUUAAAUCAUUAUCCUCCCAUCAUUUACUCACCUUCGCUAAUUCUUCGACUUGCAAAUGACUUGGGAACUUCACCAGAUGAAAUCAAGAAAGGAGAUCAUCUUAAAUCAAUCCAAUGUUACAUGCAUGAUUCUAAGUGUUCUGAAGAAAAUGCUCGAAACUACAUACAGAAGUUAAUUGAUCAGACCUGGAUGAAGAUGAACAGAGACAUACUAAGGGACCAAUCCUUCUCAAAGGAUUUUAGAAGAACUUCGAUGAAUCUUGCUAGGAUUUCUCAAUGCAUUUACCAGCAUGGAGAUGGAUUUGGUAUUCCAGAUCGUGAGACAAAGGAUCGGAUACUCUCCUUGUUCUUUGAACCCAUUCCUCUUACCUGAAAUGCCAUGCUUCAUUAUACCUGCCUACACAUGAAACUCAAUGAAAAAGAAAUAAAAUAUAUAAGAAUAUCUGUGAUAAGGGACGUAUCUUCCAGACUUACUCAAGGAGGAAGAAGCGAAGAAAGAUAAUGAUUUGCAUCUUCUCAAAUUCCUGGAGGUUUCACGCAUGGUGGAUUGAGCAGCUUGGCAGUUCCUUAUGGUUACUACAAGUUUCUGUCUUUAUCCUAAAUAGUUAUGAAGUAGUUAUAGUAUUUAAGACUACAUCCAGUAAUGUGUAGGCAGGCUAUAGUAUAUCUUUUAUUUGCAGAAAGAUUGUUGUUACGGGAGACACGCGAUACUAGUCUCUCUUUGUAUUUUCUGUUGCUUGUAUCCAGUAUAAAACUUUGGUUUCUAUCAAUCUGUAUUCUAUA